AUGGAUGAAAUUUAUAAGAUCACUUCCACGGAGAGGACCCAGCUAUUGGAGAAGGAACUGGAGGUGCAAUUGAGUGAACUGAAGUCUGAAAUAGAAGAACAAGAGAUCCUUCAGGGAGCAGCUCAUCGAGCUUACAGCUCUGUUCAAAUACCAAAGGACAUCUCUUACUUUAGAAGAGAAAGGGAACUGGCACUGAAGAAAACCUUACAGGUGGCUGAGCCCAAGCCCCUUGUUAUUCAGGCAGAUGUCCUGCAGAGGGAGCUAGAGAUCUGCCUAAGAAGAGAGUACACACCUGAAAAUUUGCCUUUGCUUCUGCUGCAGUAUUACACAGAGAGAAUUACCCAGUUGGCCCAGUGUAAAUAUUUACACAUGGUUAGGUGGAAGAGGUUUUGCCAGCACAGUAAGACCAUGGAGCAACUUUAUCCUCUUUACAAGAAACGAGUUGGCUACAUUAUGCAGGAAUACAGUGAUGCUGUCCAGAGAGCUGAAAGAUUAUCCAUUGCUCGAGAAAACUUCCUUAUGGGAAAAAAGAAUCCUCCUAACUUAGUGAUGCUGGAAGAUGUGACAAUUUACACAAGGUGGUUAGUGUGUCACCUACACUCUUUCAGGACUGUUCACCACUAUCUGCAGGCCCUCCAGUAUUUGCCCAUCUCCAACAUGCUGAGUCCAGCUGACAACCAAGACCCCGAGGCUGGUCAGGAAAGUGACAAGGUCUGUGUCAAUGACAUGGAUCCCAACAUCCAGAGUCCUGCAUCUUCUGGCCUGGUGGAUACUAGCAUUUCAGGGCCAAUGAGAACAGAUGCUGAUUUCAUGCUGCCCCAACACACAACAGAAACAGGAGAACUGAAACCUCAGCUGAGGCGCCUUCUGUCACACUUCCAUAUCCCAUACGACCUGCAGGAGCUAAGGAACUCUGCUAAGGAAAUGGAACUUUUUUCCUUGGUUUUCCAAAAAUUUCAAAGCAUCUUCACAGAGCAACAGAGAAUGCAGAUGUUUYCAGACUACGAGGCUGGAACAGCUAAAGCAGAGAAUUUGUCAGGACCACCUAUAGCCCUGAAAAAGAGAGCCAACUGGAUUUCCUUUAUAAAGAUCAAACCAAAAUGUGAUCCUUGGCAGAAGAAGAUGUUGACCAAACUAAAAGAAAGGAGAAGAAUAGAUGUAUUAAUGCAACUCCAAGCAAAGUUUUUGAAGAUCUCUAACCCCAAGCGAGUAAUGCAAGUACUCCAGGAUCAUGCUGCCAAGAUAAUCAUGCUGUCUCCACACCAUCCGUCUUUCAUGUCUUCCCAGAGUUCGCCUCAGUGCAACUAUGACCAGAUCUGGGAGAACAUUUAUAGCAAUGUCAACCUCUACCAGAAUGCAAAUAUGAAGGAGAAUGACCUUUCAGUGGAAAAAAAUGAAAAUGUGCUAACACGAAUAAGUCUCAGUCAAUGUGCUGAUGGGCCUCUCAAGCAGAAAAAAGAGACAGGGUACAACUAUGCAAUGGCCCUACAAGUGCUGGGCUUGGAUGAUGAAGCCGAGCUCAGUGAUGGGAACCCUGUCUCGAUGAAAGGGGCCUACUUGUCCUUUCUGUGUCUUCGCCACCUGCGAAUCAGGUCGCUGCAGCGUACCUGCUUGGGAAUUCUGAACUAUUUCAGAUCUGUCGAGCGAACUUUGACAAUCAAUACUUCAGGCCUUACCUUAGUUUCAGGGAAACUGGUCCCCACCAUGGAAGAUAGUUCUUGGGUCAAUGUGACACGAGGAGGCUUGGGCACCUCACAAGGCCUGGGAACUCACCACUAUGUCCAUGGGACAUCUGCUGAGCACAAGGUCCACAGUGUUCAGUUCAUGGAGUUCUCCGAAGUGGAGUAUGAGGAUUACUAUUACAGCACAGAAGACGGCAGUAUCCACACCCGGGACCAGCAAGGGGUGCAUAUUAUGUACGACGAAGCCUUAAGGGAUCUGGAGGAACUCCAGACAGAGCUGCUGCUCGUGGCCAGCCAUUACAUCGAAAAAGAAAAAGGUCACAAAGAGGGCAGCAAGUCAAAGAGUGGCCAGGACUGGAGAUGGACCCAUGCAAGUGUGGACAGAUUUGCUGUUCUGUAUGACAUAUGGACAUGGGAAGCAGCUCUCCUAGAAAACAAACGUCAGCUUCUUGAUAGUUACUUUGAAGCCUACCAGCACACGUUGGACCCUGAGGAAAGGUUUGCCUUAGCACAAGCGAUGACUGACAUUAUGCAUCGGCGCCCCAAAUUUGAUCUUGGCCACCCUUACUUCAUUAAGGCCUACCAAGAYGAAUGCACCUGCCUGAGGCUUCACCUGCAGCUAAUAAAGGGCAUCCUCAACCAUCACAUGGAACGCCAGCGGGAGUAUGUCCAGAGGCUCUGGCGAGAUGAUCAUCCAGAUGAUCGAAAAAAAUUCGGACUUCCCCUUAACAUCAUUUGUAAGCAACUUAUUUCCAUCAACAACAGCUGCCCAGAUUUGAAAAACGUUUAUUUGUUGGAGUUCCACCCUUCCCUCAGCCUGGCAGGGUUGGUCCCCAAAGCCCUGGAGCACCUGUUCAGUGAGGCCUGCCGCACCUGCAGGCYCACUUCACCCAGUGGCCUCGCCUCGCUGGAGCGACACAUCCUGCAACUGGCUCUGAACCUGUGGCUCGCACCAACCAAGCCCGAGAACUGGUACAGCGAACAGCUCCAGAAAGAUCUGUUUUCAGCUAGAGUGAUGGGAGAUCCCUUUCUCGUGGAGGAGACAGGCCUGCUUGCACUCACAUCCGCAGCAGACGAAGGACAGAAACAGGGCCAACAGCCUCACAUGCUGCUCCUGGAGACAUUUUCCAAACUUCUGGAACUCCUGACUCUCCGCCACCGUCUGAUCGCAAUGAGUCUUGAGAGUGCACACCUAGCUCGGCACUAUCAGGAAUUGGCUGAGGAGAUGGGGUUUGAAGAGUUCCAUUUAUAUCUGAGGCCCAUUCACUUUGAAUGUGCAUCACCCAGGGACAAGGUGGACCAGCCACCUCCUGCCUUUAUAACAUCUCUGCUGGAGCACAGUGGUCGGCUAGACAGAUAUUCUCCCACUACACUUGCCUUAGCCAUCUCUGAGGUGGAUGAUAACCAAGUUGGCAAAUUUAGUUUUUAUACGAAAGAAGCCAUCCUUAAGCUCUUGUCCCAGUCUGGAGUGGAAAAUAUGCAAGUGACCCUCGCAUGUCAAGCUGCUCAGAAAAAUGCUUUGAUGGUGGCAGUUCAACAAGCAUCCCUCUAUCACAGGACAGUGGGCUGUCCUGCUGAGGUCAAGGAAGUAAGUGCAGAACUGGAAAAUCAUGGCAGAAUGAGUCCAACCAGAAGAAGAAAUUCCAGAAUUGUGAAUGACACAGAAAACUUUCUGUUAGCCCCAACUCCAAAUGUCCCAGACAACCUUACGCAUUCUUCAGAAAGAUUUCAGAGGACCAAAAGGGCUCCAGAGGCUUUUGUGUCUAUUCAACUAGAAAAGGUGGGGCUGCGGGACAUGAUGCUGACCACCUUUCACCUCAGGAAACAGACCAUGGCCGGCAGAAUGAACAGCCCUGAUGAAAUUGGAAAACUCAAGAGGGAUGUUAUAAUUGAAUAUUGUCAAAAGUUGAACCGCCACAUGUCUCACUAUGCUCUUCGGAGUCAGAUCAUGGCACACUGUAAUAGCCUGAGAGCCCUCCUGGAGGAUUUCCCUACUAUCAGGGAUACCUUUUUCAUGGUGGGGCAACCACAAGAAAAGAAGGGAUCAAGUGACUCCAAGGAGGGCCUCAAGGCUGACCCCGGAAGGAGUUCUCAGCCCUGGCCUCCAUGUUUGCUGUCAGCGGAUGGAAAAGUCCUCCUCAAUUUAUGGUACAUCCCCCAUCCUUCCGAAGUGCUGGUUAUGUUCAAAACUCUGCCAGAAAAGGAAGCUUUUAGAGCCUUAACGCUAACACUACAGCUGAUGGCUUCCUUCCAUGACAUUGUGGCCUACCUUUUCAGUUUUGUUCAACUCGGCAAUUGUCCAGCAGGCUUUGAAUUUCCUGUAAGCCCUGAUCCUUUGAGGGGAGACUGGGGAGGAACAGAGGACAUUGGGUCUGAGCUUCAAGAGCUGCAGAAAAUGCUUGACAGCCUCAAGAGCCCCCAGGACCCGACCCAGGUGGCCCAGGCCCUCCUCCUCCGCAGGGAUGUUAUGUUUCUGCAAUUCGAUGCUGCAGUGAGGCAUCUCAUCCGAACAUUUUUGGCAGCUGGAAAUAUUCCCGCCUACCAGUCUGUCACUGAUGGCAUGUGCCAUGGGCUGCCACCUCUGAGCAACUCUCUCAGGAAGAGCAUUUUUGCUUCACAGCUCAGCCUGCCCCAGCUGCUGGAUCCACGGAGCCUCCAGGCAUCUGUGCUAUUCCCCUGGAGAACAUUUCUGGAAGAUGGAGGACCAUUUCCUGUUAUAAGUAGUAGCCCAGAUACCCUAGAGUAUAAUAUGCAGCUGUGCCUUUGUGGGCUGAGUGACCGUGACCGCAAGGUGGCUCAUGGAGAGCUGGUGAGUGUGAAACUGCUAAUGGAAGAUGUGCUAAGCAGCUGUCAUAUGACCAUGGAGGAUCCCCUUGGAUGGCAAGCCAUACCAGACAAAAAUACACAGCCAGAGUGGUCCAAAGUGCCAGGAGUCAAAAGUCAAUUUCAAAGCAGCCCAAAGAUUUCCAAGCUGCUGGAGGGCCAGUGCGAUGUGGUGACGUCAUUUGCUCUGCUGAGAUCUUUUCUGAUGCUGUGGAAGCAGCUGGAAGUACUGAAGGAUCACUGGGGCCGGCUCAAGCUGGGAGACCAGGRCAUCAGCUCCGUCUCCUUCCACAAACAGUACUCGGAGCUCUAUGAAGCUGACAUUCUCUACCCCAGCAUGAAAGCUAUAGCUAGGCAGAUGGGGAAAGAAGAUGAAUUUGAAAGACUUAUAAUAAAUAGCCAGUCUAUUCUUCCCCCCAAAGGAGCUUCAGAAAUUGAAAUAAAAACUCAGCAGCUUCAGAAACUUCUGGAAAAUAUUGAAAUUCAUAUGAUCCAGGCGGUCUUAAGAAAAGUUAAUAAAGAGAUGACACUGGUUUUAUCAGAAAAGUCCAAGGAAGAGUCUACUCUCCCAACAGAUCUUUGGAAACAUCAAGUCAUGAAAGAAAAUUUUUCAGUUGCAAGACCACAAAUAGUUGAGAAAUUUAUACAGAAAUUAAUGGAGAAUUACCAGGAUAGUGGACCAGAGAUCACCUUCAGGAAAGACCACCUUGAGGCCUGCCUCCUUUCCCUGGGUUGUGAUGUGAUGGCAAGAGAACGCAGCAACUUUGAGACCUACUCCAUGUGUUAUGAGCAUGUGUUGCAGCACGCUAGACAGAAGCUCUGCCAGAAGGAGCAGGAACUAGAUGUGUUACAAAGAAGUCAAGUGCCACCUGAAGACUAUGCUGGUCAGGUUGCAGAGCUCAGUCAUGAUAUGAUCAUGGAAAUCACUGCUCUGAGAGCCCAACUCACAGAUUUGGAAGAGGAGAACAUAAAUCUCAAAAAGCAAAUUAGAGAAGAAGUCCAAGAAGAAUAUGAAGCAUUGGUCCAAGCUUUGUUUAUGACCUGUUUACACAGAAAAGAGAAGCUGGAUGAGAAUUGGCUUAAUUUGACCCAGAAAGUGUGUGAGCUCAUCAGUGAAGUGAGAACAGAAGGGAUCACCAAUAUGAAGGAGCUAAGGAAGAAAUGGGGCUCUGCCAGGCCUGACGAAGGAAUAAAAGAAAACGCAGCCAAGGAGCAGAUUUUGGCCUUGGAGCAGGACAACCGCAGCCUGGCGGCCCUGGUGUGCAAAGUGAGGAGCCUAGGCCUCUGGAGGCAGGCUGUGCAGCAGACACACUUCCGGGGCCAGCUGAGCAGGGCAGAGAAGGAAUCUAUUCGAAGUAAAAAAGAAUGUUUGCGCAUCAAGCUAAUGGCAGAGCGGGAAGCAGGUUUAUUUCGCCAACAGUUGCUGGCUCUCAGGCAGGCCCUGGCCAGCGCUCAGGCUGACAAUGCCAGGAUGCGGAAGCGGCAGGAUGACCAGGCCCAGCUGUUGAAGGAGCUAGAACACAGAGUGACCCAGGAAGCUCUCACCCGGCAGCAGCUAGAUGUCAUAAAAGCAUCCAGCAUCGAGAAGCUCUUGGAAGAAGUGGGCCACAAAGAACAGCAAUUGCAACUCCUCACCGAAGAGGCUGAGAGGGCUUCGAAACUGGGCCAGCUGCAGCGGAGAAAGAUGGAGCGAGACCUCCGACAGACGAGAAGCCGACUUGCCCAGGAGCGCAGCGUGAAGCUGGAUGCUUUCCAGCGCAUAGAAGAGUUACAGAGUCAGCUUCCUGACACUGAGCAGCUGUCCAUCCAGAGGAGCUCCCCAGGCGGCCUUAUAUCCCAGGCUCACUGCUCCCUAAGUUCUGCUUCUACAUUAUCCAGAUACUCCCACCAACAUUUUUUAAAGACUAAUCUUAUGGGCAAUAAAUUAACAAGAAGAAUUCAAAGACCCAAGACUGUACCCAUUAAACACAAAAAGAGGACUGAUGAGGUUUUCCUACCCAAUGUGGCAGGAGAUGUCCAACUUACAGCUUUUCAAGUCCAAACAGCUCCAUCCAGAAUCCCAUUUGGAUCUGAUUGGUAA